AUUAACGAAGUGGAUAACGAGCCGGCGGCCAAGGCGGUGGAUGUGGCACUCACGUACUUGAAGAAAAAUAUACGAUAUGGACUUUCGGUACAGUUGGAUUCUAUAGAAGCCAACAAAACAGAUGCCAAGGUCCUGCUGGAAACAAUUUGCAAUAAAUAUGCUGCUAGCAUUGAAAUGAAACAGACACCUCACUUGAUCUUGGACACCACGAAAACCGGAGUGGCCUCGGAGACUGUAAAGAGCUUCACCCAGGCUCUGGGACUGCCUACCAUUAGUGCCUCUUACGGACAGGAAGGUGACUUGAGGCAGUGGCGAGAUUUGGAUGAAUCCAAACAAAAGUACCUGCUGCAGGUGAUGCCGCCAGGGGACAUUAUCCCUGAAGUGAUUCGUAGCAUUGUGAGGCGUCUAAACAUUACAAAUGCUGCUAUUCUGUAUGACGAUACCUUCGUGAUGGAUCACAAGUACAAGUCCUUGCUGCAAAACAUCCAAACCCGUCACGUUAUCACUGCCAUUGCCAAGGAGGGCAAGCGAGAGCGUGAGGAGCAAAUCGAGAAGCUGCGUAACUUGGACAUCAAUAACUUCUUCAUCCUGGGCAACCUCCAGUCCAUUCGCUCCGUCCUGGAGUCUGUGAAGCCGGCCUACUUUGAAAGAAACUUUGCCUGGCACGCGAUCACUCAGAACGAGGGCGAGGUGAGCAGCCAGAGGGACAAUGCCACCAUAAUGUUCCUGAAGCCCAUGGCGUAUACGCAAUAUCGAGACCGACUGGGACUUUUGCGCACCACCUAUAAUCUCAACGAAGAGCCACAGCUAUCUUCUGCGUUCUACUUCGAUCUGGCUUUAAGAAGUUUUCUUACCAUUAAGGAAAUGUUACAAUCUGGCGCCUGGCCUAAGGACAUGGAGUACCUGAAUUGUGACGACUUCCAAGGCGGCAACACUCCCCAAAGAAACCUGGAUCUUCGGGAGUAUUUUACAAAGGCCACCGAGCCGACAUCCUACGGAACCUUUGACCUAGUCACGCAACCAAAGCAACCAUUCAAUGGCUAUAGCUAUAUGAAAUUCGAAAUGGAUAUCAAUGUGCUCCAGAUUCGAGGUGGCAGUUCCGUGAACAGUAAAUCGAUUGGCACCUGGACAGCUGGCCUGGACUCGCCCCUGGUUGUGAAGGAUGAGGAGCAGAUGAAGAAUCUCACCGCGGAUACGGUCUAUCGGAUUUAUACUGUUGUGCAAGCUCCUUUUAUAAUGCGCGACGAAACAGCUCCGAAAGGAUACAAAGGAUAUUGCAUAGAUCUCAUUAAUGAAAUUGCUGCUAUUGUACACUUCGAUUACACCAUCCAGGAAGUGGAGGACAAAAAGUUUGGCAACAUGGACGAAAAGGGCGAAUGGAACGGCAUUGUCAAGAAAUUGAUUGACAAACAGGCAGACAUUGGACUGGGUAGCAUGUCCGUAAUGGCGGAGCGGGAGAUUGUCAUUGAUUUCACGGUCCCAUACUAUGAUCUGGUGGGGAUUACCAUAAUGAUGCAGCGCCCCAGCUCACCCAGUUCGCUGUUCAAGUUUCUUACUGUCCUGGAGACGAAUGUGUGGCUUUGCAUUCUGGCUGCCUACUUCUUCACCAGCUUUCUGAUGUGGGUCUUUGAUCGCUGGAGUCCCUAUAGCUACCAGAACAACCGUGAAAAGUACAAGGACGAUGAGGAGAAAAGAGAAUUCAACCUCAAAGAGUGUCUUUGGUUCUGUAUGACUUCAUUGACCCCUCAAGGGGGCGGAGAGGCACCAAAGAAUCUCUCUGGACGUUUAGUGGCAGCCACCUGGUGGCUUUUUGGAUUCAUCAUCAUUGCCUCGUACACUGCCAAUUUGGCUGCCUUCUUGACCGUCUCCCGUUUGGACACGCCCGUGGAGAGCUUGGAUGAUUUGGCCAAACAAUACAAGAUCCUGUAUGCUCCUCUCAACGGAUCAUCAGCCAUGACCUAUUUCGAAAGGAUGGCUAAUAUCGAGCAGAUGUUCUACGAGAUCUGGAAAGAUCUAUCCCUAAACGACUCACUGACUCCACUGGAGCGCUCCAAGCUUGCCGUGUGGGAUUAUCCGGUUAGUGACAAGUACACAAAGAUGUGGCAGGCCAUGCAGGAGGCAGCUUUGCCGGCAACUCUUGAAGAGGCAGUGGCUCGGGUGAGGAACUCGACCGCAGCCACCGGAUUCGCCUUUUUGGGAGACGCCACGGAUAUACGGUACCUUCAGCUGACCAACUGCGAUCUCCAAGUGGUGGGUGAGGAGUUCUCUAGAAAACCAUAUGCCAUUGCUGUUCAGCAGGGAUCUCAUCUCAAGGAUCAGUUUAAUAAUGCUAUCCUCACUUUGCUUAACAAACGCCAACUGGAAAAGCUAAAGGAGAAAUGGUGGAAGAACGACGAAGCCCAGGCCAAGUGCGAGAAGCCGGAGGAUCAAUCAGAUGGCAUAUCUAUUCAGAACAUUGGUGGCGUUUUCAUCGUAAUCUUUGUGGGAAUCGGAAUGGCCUGCAUCACACUGGUCUUUGAGUACUGGUGGUACCGAUACCGCAAGAAUCCCAGAAUCAUUGACGUGGCCGAAGCCAAUGGAGAUCGUGGAAAUGUCAAGGAUCAGCCUGGCAAACUCAUCGAUGGCGUCAUCCUGGGAAACUCGGGCGAGAAGUUCGAAAAAUCGAAUGCUGCACUGCGUCCACGAUUCAAUCAGUAUCCGGCCACGUUUAAGCCACGCUUUUAGACGAACUCCGUCCGCACCAAUCAGUUAAUUGUAUUAGAUUGCGCACUGGGAUGCCUACGUCUAGUAAUUAAGGAAUUA